UAUUGCCUAUAAAGUUAGAGAUAACGUCAUAAACAAGUCCAAUUUACAGAAAUUGUAGAAAUAAAACCCAAAGAAAAAGGUAAUUCAUUAAGCCCAUCUAUCUGUUAGUUAGUUUGUUUUUAGGUAAUAGUAGUAUUUGAGAUAGGCUUUCUUUAUCCACAAAAAAAGGACAGAAAUUUCUAUGGCACAUUUUGUUCUGCCCUUUUCACCCUUUUAUAUCUCAAUCGGACAAUUGAAUGAGAUCCUUUUAUCCACAAGAUGGAGCCAACGCUUCAUAUAAAAUAAACUAACUAAAAACUAAACUAAACUACUAAUAAACUUUCUACAAACUUUUUGGGAGGGGGUCAUUGAAAAAAUGUCAGAAAUCUUGGGAUGCAGCCUUCCAUCAUCCCCCUCACUCUGUUUACUUGGGGACCUCACAGUAAUUACCCCAGCACCCAAUAAUACCAGACCAGUACUUAUAGCCAUAACCACUGCCAAAAAGACUGUACUCAGGAACUGGAAGACAAGACAUAAACAUAGCACAUCCUUACAGAAUACAUAUCUAUGGAAAAGCUCUCAGCUACUCUCCAAGACCAAACUCAUUAUUUGCCCAGCCCCCCAACCUCAUAAGUGAUGUCUCAAAAGCAUUAUUAUUAUUAUUAUUAAUAAUAAUAAUAAUAAUAAUAAUAAUAAUAAUAAUAAUAAUAUCUUUCAUGCUCAAUUGCUUAUUAGUUUUCCUUUAUUAUAAUUCCUUUAAUAUAUAUAUCCACACAAUCAAGUGACAAUAUUCCUUACCAUACAUUUUAAACAGUUGUGACUGAUUCUCCCACUCCUGUGUCAAUAUUCCUUUCCAUACAUUUUAAAUAGUUUUUUAUUUCUUGUUAUUUUUUGUUAUUAUUAUUAUUAUUAUUAUUAUUGUUGUUAUUAUUAUUGCACUUCACUCCUUUGCAUGUCUUGUUAAAUAUUUGCACUAAAAAUAAAAUAAAAUAACAUGUCAAGAUGUGCUGAUAGCUUGGCCUUUGUCAUUAAUUUUAGUCUAAACUGUUCAUUGUCUGAUUUUUCCAAUUUAAGCCUACAUUAUGAGUCAAUGUUACCGUCUCCCUAUCAUCAAGCAGUUUGCUGACUGUACUGAAAAGGCUCCAGAGACAAUGGAAAGAAGAUUGAUAACUGACAAGGCACCAAGCAAAAUAAAUGAAUUUAUCAUUUGUGAUAUUCAUUCAGCAUUUGUAUGAUCGUUAAAGUGUCCUUAAAGGAAGAACAAAUGAUACUGACCUCAGUAUCGUAGGUGGCGGUAGUGAGAUUUUCAUGGUAGUGGACAACCAUUGGUAGACAGAGGAGGAAGAAAAAUCGCUAACUCUUAUUGUGAAAGAGUACUUCCGGUCGUGAAGACCCGCAGCUUCUUUUCACAGUAGCGGAAAACAGUGAGAAACACAACAGCUGACAGAAUGUGAUAAAUUCAACAGAUAGACUCUGUUAACAAGGAUAAUACAAAACAAUAUAUAAAUUAAACCUCAAUGCCAGUAAAGAGAGACCGACGGCAGACAAGGACACGGCACAAGGAGACUUCAGUGUGUAAGUUUAUGAGCUUUUAUUUCCAUUACAUGGCAUUUCAUUUCUUAUUUCCCGUCUAAAAUGUUUGCAUGGAUACUCUCUUCACAGUAACAUUAGCAUGACAACGACGUCAGCUGGCACGCUAACUCUAGCAACAUAUUUCGCUCGUAAUGUAGAGUUGUCAUUCAAAAACGCAGUGUUCUCUAUCUGAAUCUGUAGCCUCCUCUUUAAAUAUCACUCCAAACUCAAGGGCGUAACAUGGGCACAUGUAGGGUCCGGAGAAGGGUGGCGAAUUAUGAUAAAGACUACUAUCAUGCUUCAUCCAGGAGGUGCAUUUUGAAAAUCUGUCUCACUUUCUGGAGCCAUUUGAGGAGGAACCAAACGCACUUGUACAAAAACUAUCAGGUGUCUACUGAAGGCUGUCCCCAAAAUAGUCACUCCACAUGUUACAAUCUCUAACAUUUCAGCAGAAAUAAACGUACAGUGUUGUGGUAUUUGUUACUUUGUAAAUUUAGCCAACUUUGCCAAAGUACCAAGCACAACUGUUGGAUAGUGAAACUAAUGCGUGAGAGCAAACAAAAGUCAUAAUAAUGCAGUUCCCCAAGCUUCCAUUAGAGGCAGACUGUAGGAGCUGAAAUAACAAUGUUAAAUUUCUAGCGCAAUCAACACUUUUGGUUUACUCAAGGUGACUAAUGCUGCGUUUGAGUUACCUUUGAAGUCAGAAGUCCAAGCCGAAAAUGACGUCACACUGGAGUUACCAAGUCAGAAAAAAUCAGAGGCCUAAAACAAGAUGGCUACAUCUACGAAAGUUAUUUCGGCACUUGCCUUGUCCAAAUAUAAAGCAAGUGCUAAAAUAGAUGUAGCCAUCUUGUUUCUGCCUCCAAUUUUGCUUUUUUCCGACUCGGUAACUGAAACUCUGGUAACUCGAGUGUGACGUAAUUUUCAGCUCGGACUCCUGACUUCCGAGGUAACUCAAACGCACCAUAAGCACCACCAUGCUAGUGUCCUCCCUGCAGGUUAACAGCCACGCACCUGUGGUGAACAUUGUUUCAGUGGAGAGGUUAAAUGCCAACCUAGAUGCAACACUACCCCCAUUUUUCAGGAUAUAACAUGUCCCCUGUGCCUGUUUUCAUCCAGGUUGUAGAGCGUUAUCACAUAAUGGCAAAAGCAGCUUACCAGAGCUACAGGUUGAUUAGUGGUGGUUGGCUGUGCCACAGCUUGGGCAACAAAUAACCAGCGUUUCAGCCCAGGAACAAAAAAAACAUCAAAAAUUAGUUGAAGGGUGAGUAAAUCUAGAGCUGACUAGCAACAGUGACAGCCUUCACAGUCAUUUAGUCAUGUUGCUGGGUCAUGAGUUUUGGACUAUACCGGGGUCAAGAGUUAUAGAUUUGCAUGAUUAAGGGUAUGGCUAAAUUGACUUAUGUAGAUGUGUUGUAGCUGAUUGCCAGAGAGCUUCAGGCUCACCUCUUUGCCUGUUUCCUUAUCAACUGCAGUUUAGGUGGAGUCUGUAUUUUGAACACCUCCAUCUUUGAGCUUCAUGUUACCUCCCAAGAAAACAAAGAUUGAGGUUCCUGACACUUGGUCCAUUUUUAUGCAAUGCACUGUAUUAGCAGGCCCCUCCACUCUGGAUAUGCAGGCAAUGCAUCAAUGUAUUAACAUUAUUAGAGCACUUUGGUAUGUUGGGCUGAUAUUAGUGUCCAUCUCUGAACUCGCUUUUAUCUGCCUUGCCAGUGGUGUCUGACUUCUACAGUUUUCAUAGUUCAGUUAUAGCCUGAGUCUAAUGACUGGUGAGACAAAACAUCACCUUGUAGAUUUCUAAAUCUCCUCAAAGUGCAUUGGAGUACAUUUUUGUUGUCUAAACUUGCAUGCUAACUGUUUCUCUUACAGAGUGCUCUCUGACGCAUAGCGGGCUGACCAGCAGGAUGGGCUCACUGCACAGGUGAGUAACUGACUCCGACUGACACCAGGGCUCAAAUGUCAUUCCUGAGCACAUUGUCUGACCUUCAAAGAUUACCUAAGGAUUAAAGAAUAAAGUGUUUAACAAUGAGCCAGUCUGAUUAAGUACAGCUCUCUCACAGUAAAAUUUCCAGGGGAAGUUGACAAAUCUAACACAGCAGCUGUGAUAAAUCAGACACACGUGUGCUGAAAUAUGUGUGAUUAUGGGCAGUGUCUUCAUAGCAGUGUUUGUAAUUCAACAGGCUUUCUGGAAAAUAUUGUCACCGAGCUAUUCUUGAGAACUCCACAGUUAGUGUCUAGUUUGUAGUUGUAGUCACAGGUGCAGAUGAUUAUACUGCUGUCCUCACUCCGCCCUGAUGCUGGGUGUGGUGGAGUCUUGUUUCCUGCAACAUGUUGUCAUUUGAGUCUUUUGACCUUAUAUUACACAAAGCUACAUGUAGUACACACAAAGAUCUGUUCUUAUGAUCACUAUCUAUGAAAGGCCAAAUAAACGGACACUUUAGGGUUCAUAUCGGGCCUUUAAUGAUCCCUGUCCAACCCUAAAAAAAUAGCUAACACAGAAUUCCCUCAAUUUACAGUCAGUCUCAUGUCCAGCAGGGGGCGACUCAAGUGGUUUUAAUUCUAUGCGAAGGUGAAUAUAUGGUCUUAAUAUCCACUUUCAAGUUCUUUUUUAACGUGGAAUAAUGUUUAUUUUGUAAAUUAUGAUCCAUAGUCUUAGUCUUAGAGGUGAUAGCACACUUUCAACGCCCACUUCCAUUGUGGAUUGUGCAUGGUAUUUCAAAUCCAAGCAGGAGUAAAAGAUUAUUAAAAGCAGAGCAUCUUGGUUUCCAUUCACUUAUAAAGUGUAUGGGUUUCUUAAACUCAUUACAAGUCUAUAAUCUGUUAAUUUAAUUAGUUUAAUAAGCUAUUUAAUCAAUUAUGUCUGUUAUUUAAAGCUCCUGUGAACUCUGAUUUGUGUUGAUUUUGGUGCAUCUUGUGGUCAAAGCUACCAAAGUUUGGCCAAUGUGUGUUGAAAAUUUUACUGUGGAUCCAGAUAAAAAAUGAGUGCAGUUAUAUGAGGCAAACGUAUGCCACCUUACUGAAUAAUCUGCUUGAUUUUUCCAUGAAAAUAACCUUUUUUUUAACACAUUUUAGUUCCUUGAUCAGAAAUAGAAGAGGUCGGUGUUUUGCCCUCCUCCCUUUUCGUAAUCUGACUCUGGUUACAUUGAAAAUUUCUGACCUUAAGAUUACAGCUGUGAUCUGUGAUGAGGUGAAAAAAUGAACCUUUAAGCUUGAUUUACCGUCAGACGCUCUGAGUUAUUGAUAUACUUCCGUGAUAUGAUAAUGGCACACACUGCAGUGGUUUCAGAGUCAACAUGUUUGGCUGAGUGACAAAUUUGUGAGUAAACUGGCACACCCAUGCUUGUUCCUCAGCACGGCAUUGAGUGUAAGGGUGUAUAAAUAUGGACAUUGAUCAACAAUAAAAGUGGACGUUGACCUCACUGUUGUAAUAGAGAUGACUCAUAAAAAUUAAAAAGAAAAUCCUCUUUACAAUCAUUGCAAACACAAAGGCUGGGGUGUUUCAUAGAGCAAUGCUGAAAGACAAAACGAAAAGGAAGUAAUUAGAAAAAAUGACUGUUUAUAAAGUUUUACUGGGCUAGGAACCGAAACAUGUUGAAGAAAAAAAUGUUAAAACCUUUGACUAGAGAAAAGCAAUAUCAUAAAAGCUCAUAUUAUUGUCAGACAAGGCUAUCUUCAACAAGAUUAGUAAUUCAUAUGUUUUAAUUUUUCACUGUUUAUUAGCGCCAUGAGGGGAAAGGUGUCCAACCAAAUACUGGCAGCCUGUUUGAAAAUAUAAAUUUAUUCCCACAGUAGUUAUUCAAACAGGAGUAAUAGAUUGGACAGGCGGAAGAAAGCAGGAAGAGAUAUUUGUAGGCAAACACUUAUUAUCCAUGUGCAAGUCAGAACAGGAUCAGCAAAGAGAAAAGAGCUACUAACACAAGCUGAAAGUGAACUGAAAGUCACAACUGUGUGUGGCUUUUGAAGUUGGUCAGUGAUAAAGGAAUAAUACUAAUCAAUAUGGUGCCAUUCUGUCGGGAAAAGGGUCAACAUAAGCAGUAUUUUUUCUACUUAAAAUAAAAUGAUAGUAACAUUAUUAUUUAAAGGAGACUUUAAACAGAGUCCAAAGUUCAAUCCGAAAUUGCUGAUUUUAAUCUAAAUAUUGAGAGCUUUUUAGCCAAGUUGUCUCCUGGCUGCCUUGUCUAGAUUCUGUAAAAUGAUUCAGGUUUUUGUUGAUUUAAUUAAAAGUUUUUUUCAACCAUCUGUGUAUUUAUAUCACUAAGAAAAGUAAUGAAAGAUUGCAGUGCACUGGGUGAUUUGGUUAGACUGGGAUGUACAAUGGAGCAUCAUCUGCAUAAAGCAAAAUACUGAAAAAGGCGACCAUUCUUGAAGGAUUUUUUUUUCUUUUUUCUUUUGUUUUUUUUUUUAGAUGGGUUUGUAUGAAGUACUUAUAAGUACAAAGUGUACUCCCCACAGGGGAUCCCGGUUACCUCCAUCUCUUUGUUAAUAAAUAAGUCUAAAAAACUGGACUGGAGCCUUUGCUAUCAACUCCCAUAAAUGGGUCAACUCUUCUGGUUAUUUUUGAGAAACUCCGCCCCUGGUACGAGUGUACUCAUUUUAAACUUCCUGUUGUGCAAACCAGGACCACUUAAUAGUUUUCUCUCUUACUUCUGUGAAUGUUUCCAUUACGUUUUUGAGUUCUGUAGUUUUUCCAAGUUACCUGAAGGCUCUUUGUCUGCGUGUGUACCCAUUAAAAUAUUUUGACAUGUACACAAACCUGUUAAACCUCUGUGACAUUAAUGAUUCUGGCAGGAAACUGACUUUCAAUUUUAUAAAAGUUAGUGGGUUUACCAAUUUUAAAGUGUUUUUAAAUCAUAAAACAACAGCUGGUGUUGCUGGUCCUCUUGUGUGAGGGCAUAACCAUUAAUAAUCGAAAGAAAAAAGAGUGGAAUAAGGAGUAAACUUUUUUCUGUAAAAAAGCCUUUAUCGUCCUGGGAAGAGUUUUUUGUUUUUUAAUUGAAACCCACAAACUCUUUAUAUUCCCAGUUCAUUCCUAAAAUCUGAAUCUAAAAAUAUUCUCAGUGAGCUGUGGUGCCAGUGAAGCUGUAAUGUCAGAGCAAAAUUAAACACGCCUGAUUGAGCUGCUGGGUGUAAUCUUUUGUGCUGCCUAAAUGUCAUUGCCUUGAAGGUAUGUCACUUUACCUGCUGCAACCUGCAAACAGCCCAACACCAGCUGUUCUCUGCCAGAUGAGGAUGAUCCAGGAUCAGUUUUAAUUGAGUUUUUCUCUCUGUGUGAUCAAAGUGACCUUUCCAGCUUGUCUCUUAAGAUUUACUUCAUGUAAAGGUUACAAACAACAAUACCAACCUGUGUGUUGUUGUGUAUUCUGCAGAAGACAGCUGAGUCAGCUGCUGGCAUUAUGGAGGCUGAAGAGUAGGGUGGAGGUUUCUCUGUGCCAGACUGCUGUUUCUCACUGCAGGACCAUCUGCUCCUCCUCCUCCUCCUCCUCCUCAGAACCAGGUAUCUUCAACAAUUUAGACCCCUUAUUACUGUUUAAAAAAAAGACAACUCCCCGCCCUUUUUAGGAACCAGCCAAAAGAGACCGGGUAACUUUAAAAUAGCUUUCAAAAGUGCAAGUCUGUUCCUGUCUGCAGCUGUGAGGCAGCUGAUCUAGCAGACCACUCUGUAAAGGAAGGCCGAGGUCACCACAGGGUCAUAAAAAGUCCUCAGAAGGGCUCCCUGCACACCAAAGGACCUCAUUUUCCUCAAUAGGUAGAGUCAACUCUGGCCUUUCUUGUAAAGUAAGUUUGUGUUGUCAAUCCAGGCUAAUUUAUUGCUCAGGUGAGCGCCCAGGGAGAUGUAGGAGCCCACAAUCUCAAUGUCCUUUCCCAAGAUGUUUACUGGUGUAGGAGGGGUGGAUCUGUGUCUGCUGACAUCUACCACCAGUUCCUUGGGUUUUCCAGUGUUGAUAUAGAGGAAGUUCUGCUGACACCAGUCCACAGAGUUUAGUUUCAUUUCUCUGUGCUGCCUCUCGUCUUCGCUGGUGAUGUGGUCAACUAUGGAGGUGUUGGCAAGAUAAAAAAAAAAAAGGGAGCUCAAAUAUUCCCCGUGCUGCAGACAGUAAUGUCAGACACAAAGUCAUGAGCCGUCACAAACUGUGGCUGGUCAGUCAGAUAAUCCAGCAGCCAACUUAAACCAACUUUAUUUCCAACUAUAAACCACUGAAGUCGGGGUAUGCCCACUUUGACCCCCCCAAACCUGUUUGUCUCCUCCAGCAGACCCCAUAGAGGUCCACAAGAGGAAGCUGUUCCUGUGGUUCAGCCACCUGCCACAGGAGGAGAAACAGUUUGGGGGAUACUUCAGUCCAGAGACCAUGCAUGUGGAUCCUCUGAUCCUGGAAAGAAAGACUGACGAAAGAGUUGGUCUGAACUGCACCCCCUUCCAGACCAGGACCUCUUCCAACUCCUCUGUGACCAUUGAGCAGCUGCUGGACCCCUCUACCUCCUGCUGUGAGGGUCGGGGCUUAAACGUGCUCCUGUAUGGGGCCGUGGGAUCCGGAAAGAGUACUGUGGUCAGGAAGUUGGUCUUGGACUGGUGCACUGGGACCACCCUGACCCAGUUCAAACUGCUGAUACCCUUCUCCUGUGAGGACCUCGGAGAACUGAAUAAGUAAGACCUGAACAAUUGAAUAAGAUGUAACCUAAUUAUUGUGUAAACAACACAAAUAAGACUAGAUAAGAUGGAUAAAGCACUCAGAGUGACAAAUAUCUCCCUACAGGUCAGCCACUCUGAGAGACCUGGUGGGCAGGAAGUACCUCCACCUAAGGAAACACCCCCUGCUGAGCGGGGAGGGGGACCAGGCCAAAGAGGUGCUCUUUCUCUUUAACGGGAUGGAGAAGAUGAAGCUGGACUUCAGGAUCGGAGCCUCAGAGCUGUGCAGCGACCCCAAUGAGCCGCUGCCCCCAGGUGUGCUGGUGGUCAACCUGCUCAGGAAGUACCUGCUGCCUGAGGUGAGACACGCUCCAACAUGUCUGCGGAGAUAUUUAUAGUAUGUUUAUCUGUCUGAAUUUUGAUUGGACGGUGGUCUAAUUAAAUCACCUAAUCAAGCUAAAACAUCACUCAAGUUCUGGGUUUGAAAGAAUGAAGCAAUCAGAGAUUUCUGUUGUUUUAAUGAAAUGAAUUAGCAUGUUUGGUGUUUGUUGUCUCUUCUGUGUUCCAGGCGAGCAUCUUGGUCAGUACCAGGCUGUCUGCGAUGGACCGUAUCCCCCAAAAGUAUGUCGGCCGCUACGCUCAAAUCUGCGGCUUCAAUGACCCAGACCGGCAGCGUGCGUACUUUACCAGCCGACUCCUGCAGCAGACAGGGGAGACGGCCCGGAACCAUGAGGCCCAGGAACUCAUAGAGCUGCUGUACCUAAACCUGCAGAGAGAGAGUCAGCUGGCUGCAGCCUGUUUCCUGCCCUCUUACUGCUGGCUCACCUGCGCUACCUUACACUUCCUGCAUUUCACAGACGCAGAGGCUCCCAUUCGUACACUCACAGGCAUCUACACCAGCUUCCUUAGGCUCAACUUUGGGGGAGAGGUUCUGGCAGCAAAGAUCGGGUCUAAUGUGCCAAUCCAAGAGAAUCACACCUCUCUGAUGCUGUAUGUUGUCCGCACUCUUGGGAAACUGGCGUUUGAUGGCGUGACACACAAACGCACAUCAUUCUCAGAGAAGGAGCUGGAGCAAUGGAUUGGAGGGGAGGUGAAGACGGAUGAGGAGCUCCGUCAGCUGGCCGUGUUCCGCACUGACGUGCUGGACUUUUUCCUGGCUCCCUGUGUGGAGAGCAGAAAACAUUUACCCGAGGAUGGUGGUGAGAGUGAUGAGCAGCGGUAUGUGUUUGCUGUCCCGGCCAUGCAGGAGUACCUGGCAGCACUCUAUGUGGUUCUGGGAGAGAACAAGUCAGUUCUGGAGAAGAUGACCAAGCAGGUAUCGGUGGCCAUCGGCGAGGCAACUGAGGACGUCGGCGCCAUCAUCAACAUCCUCUCUAAGUUCAUCCCGCUGCGGAUCUUCGCUGUGUUCAACCUGCUGAAGCUGUUCCCAAAGCUCCAUGAGAGAAUCAGCAGCCGCAGCAAAGGAAGCAUCGCCAGAACCAUGGCGUCUGAAAUGUUCCGCUCUGAGGACAGCCAGAACGAGGAUGUCCUGGACCAGGUGGAGCAAAGCCUGCUGGGAGUUCAUGGUCCUCAGCUACAGAAUUACAGUGUGGGUCAGCCCUUUGAGCUCUACCCCAUCUUUAUGGGAGGGCUGUUGCAUUAUGGGAACCGUGUGCUCCUUCAGCAACUGGGCUGCGGCAUUAAGAGCGCCACUGUGGUCCAGAUCACCCGGGCGCUCAGGAACUACCUGGUCAGAGGUAAAUUGUUCUCGUUUUUCAAAGCCGUUCAGACAGUGUGCUCUGUUAGAGCUUAACAUUACCUCGACUCAACUCAGAUUUGUGUUUGUAGAAUCAGAACCAGAAAAACUUCAUUAAACAGCAGCUUUCAUACAAACAUGCAGCCCAACAAGCUUUACAAGGGAAGAACUGAAGAUAAAUAAGGCUUUAAAUUUGAAAACAAUAUAUAAACUUCUAAAAUAUUCAAACAAUAAAAUGUCAAAAAUGAAGAAAUAAAAAGCCACAAAAAAAGUGAAUCAGACAAAAUUUAUACCAGAGAUACAGUCAAACAAUGGUAAACACACACCUUUAGAGUGAUCCUAAAUGUCAAGUAUAAAUCAUGCCACACUGAGACUGUAAUUAGUUUCGAUAUCUAAAAUAACUUUCAGUCAGCUCACACCUCCUCACAGUUUGCGUGACGAUGACAAGUCUGGUUUAUAUGCAACCAACGCCUCACGCUGCCUCCCUGCUCUGCACGUGUGUGUGUCUGACUAUGUGCGUGAGUGCACGGAAAAGCCUUCUGACAAACAGAUUUGCAGCUUCAUGCUGCCACUACAUACACAAACAGAGAGAGCACUGGUGUUUACUCUCAGCUUUACAGACUUGGAAAACCAGUGAAACACAGUUGGGACCUAGUCCUAACUUGUCCCGUCACUUCCCUUUUUGAAUUAUUUUUUUGUGUGCAUUCUUUUUCGCAUCAUUUGUUUCUAGAUUAUUUUGGACAGAAACAAAAACAACCCUAAGAGAUUGUCAACACAUUUUCGUGAGAUUGAGAUAGUUAUCUUCUGCGGGUCCUUUUUCUGCUAAGCUUUUGAAAUAAAAUGCAUGAGACAAACAUGCCGAAUUAAAUGUGCAUAUGUAAAAAUACCUGGUAGCUGGACCAGUGCAGGAAAUAUUCAUGUAUUCAGUAACACACAGAAAGCGGCAUACAAACACAAAUAUAUUAAAUGUUAAAUUUCAGAGCUGAACAAACCACAACCGGCAGAGGAGGUGAUGGACCUGUUGGUUCUCCUCUACGAGUUCCAGAACCCGAGGCUGACUGCUGAGGUUCUGGCCUCCAUCAGAAGCAUCCGCCUCAUGAACAUCCGCAUGACCUCCCUGAAGUGCUUUAUUCUAAGUUCUGUGCUCUCCUGCACACCCGCAAGGUAAACUGUGGACUCACCACCACUCUCUGUUGUACCACUAUGAAAUGGAUGGUUCAUUUUUGUAUGAAUUACUUGUCUAUAGUUACUGUAUUGGUCCCUUUGUUGAGAAACAGGCCAGAGAAUCAGAGCAGAAGUAAUACUAUCAACUACUGCAGACAGUAUCAGCUCUGUAGUGUGAUUGGGUGUCUUUCAGUGCUAUACUUUGCUUUCAAAGAGCCUAUUUCUUCUCAAGCACAGCACAUUUUGUUCCACCGCUGUAGUGUCCACAUUAAUUUAUAUUACGGGUGAUUUCUCAAUAGAGGGGCUGAGCUGACUCAUUGUGGGUAAUAUUCUUACUACUGACAAGUACCUCAUACAACCCCACUUAUAAGAAGACAACCUUCCCUCCUUACUUUGAGUAUUUUUUUAAAUGUUUAGUGAAAUUGUCUCUUUUUUUAGAAUAUAAUCCCUUUGAAAACUCUUCCUUCCUGCAGUUAUCACCUGGAGGAGUUGGACCUGUCUUCUUGUCUCCUCACUCAUGAUAUGCUGCGGACAUUGUGGCCUGCCUUCAGACAUGCAACCAACCUGAAGUAAGAGAAGCUCGGUUUCUGGUUUGCAGAAGAAAAGCAUAUUUUGCACGUUGCACAUAACGCUAACAACAGUUUUAUGCCAUUAACAUAAUUUGAUUAACUACAGGAAAGUUAAGCAUAUGUAUAGUUUGUCACAGUGUUUAUUGAAUGGCAUUACACUGGCUAAAGCUGGGCUCAGACUGCAGGAGUUCUGCACAGAUAUACCUGAUCAGUCUCUGAACAGGCAUAAGGAGGUUUUCUGUCCAGAAUAUCUGGGAGGUUUCGCCUUCUGUUCAAGGUGGAAGCAGAUGUUUAAUUUGGUAUGGAUUCGUCAAAAUCCUGUUGUCUGAGCCGGGCACUCAAGAUGAGUCAUGUGCUCGUGAAGCAUGUGUGUGUGUGUGUGAUUGCUGCCUGUCUCUGUUGUUCACAGUUUGCAGUUUAACAGCCUGGGUCCUGAUUCCUGCAUCUUCCUGAGAGAUUUGCUGCUAGAUCCCAGGGCUUCCAUUAAAUUUCUACAGUAAGACUCACCUUUUGUACCUGUGAUUGUGUGUGUCCACAGGAAUCCUGAUGUCCUUUGGUUUCAAUUAAGUAUUCAGUUUACUCUCCGCAGCUCUGGUCUCUUUAAUCAGCUGUGACUUUCACAACAGACAGUUUGGAGUCUGGCCAGGAUGUACUGAUGAAGAGCUGCCAGAGGGAUCUUGGCAAAAUAUGUCAAUUUGAAAAUGAUAAACUUCAGUCAUUUUUAAAUCAAGAUGAAUGAAUUAACAGCUCGAUCAUCUGAUACUUGUGAUUAGAGGAGGCAUGGAUUCCUGGAACAAUCCUGAUCUUAAAUCUAGAGCUAACAUUAUUAGCAGUGGGUAAAUGUUUGCUAGCUGUCUGUCAGAGGAACUUAAAUGUGAGCACGCUGUGUUCAUAGUUGAUGGAAGAGAUCAGCCUUCAAAGUGUGUCACACAUGCUAAACAAUGUUAUAGAGUUUGACUCAUGAAGUGUUGUGAUUCUUAAAACUAACUGGUGGAAAAUUCAAACAAGGUAAGACAUGAACUUUUGCAGAUGUUAGCACUGAACUGAUUAACUACUUUUUGUAGUUCUGAAACAAAUUGGACAAGUGCCAGACACUACCAUAAAACACACCCUGAAGUCCUAUGAGGAGCUGUUUAGCUGGUGUCUGUGUAUGAAUUUUAAGCAGAUCUUAAAAACUGAAAGCAGCAGACAUCAAAACACCCAAACGUUGUGUCCGUAGUAUGAGUCAUGGUCUAAAAAUCCUGGUUCCUACACUUCCCAAAAUGCAACUUGAUAGCUUUUUCUCUUAGUCUUUCCCUGUCUGUUAAAGGUUACAUGUUACUAUUAGUAUCAAAAAAAGAGUUUGCACUGAACUGAAACAUGAGUUUGAAAUUAAUAAGCCAUCCCGUCAUCCUGUAGAGUAGCUAAGGGCUUUUAUUGUGAAGCACUCACAGGAAACGCUUUGACGUAAGAUUAGCAGAGCUUUGUUAAAAGAGCUUUUCAAAGAAAACAUCCGCACUGUGCCAGCAGAACUUAAUCCCAACUUAAUCCUGAUAUAUAAAAGUGCUUCUCAGCUCCCUGUGAGGACCCCCUCUGUGGAAAAAAAGGUUUUAGUCUCUCUGUUUGACCGUGUGCAUGAUAGAAAGUCUUUCUUUGUGCGAUUCGGUGUCAUUUUAUUGUCACAGCUGCAUGUUUUCUGAGCAGAUGAAUCAGAAAAGUCUCAUCGCUUGUGUUUUUUGCAGACUGUGUGACAACCCUCUGCUGGAUUCAGGGACCCGUACCUUGCUGGAGGCCCUGCCUGAGAACCAGACCCUGACCAACCUGUCCCUGAUGCACACAGGAAUGGGGGAUGCUGGGGCUCUGGAGCUGGCUGACGGGCUGCAAAAACACACAGGGCUGCAGGAGCUGAACGUGGCGUACAACAAUAUUGGAGACAAUGCUGCUCUGGCGCUGGUCGACGCCUGCAGAGAACACCCGAGCAUCCACACUGUGCAGUGAGAAAAUCUGACAAAGACUAGUCAUUAAAAAAUUGUAUUAUGACGGCUAAAACCAUGAAAACAAAAGGAGACCCAUAACUUUAACUUUUUAAUUUUUUUUCCUGUCGAUGAUUCUUGUACAGUUUGUACCUGAACCCUCUCAGCAACGUGGGGAAGCAGUCUCUGUACGUACGAGGGGUUCCAAAGAGCCAUGGAGGCAGUGGGCGGCGGGUCCGGGUCCUUGCAUCAGUCACUGAGGGCACGGACCUAUCAGAGGACUGGCAUCCAAUCCUCAGCGUGAUCCGGGAGAAUGCACCCUCCUGGGACAGAGAGCGGGUCAAACAGCAGCUCAUGGUAAACACAGACAGAAGAUUUGGGGGGUUGUGACAUCUGUUACUUGAAACUGUGAUGUGUGAGUGGUUCAGAUCACUCAAAACAUAUACUGGCAAGGGAUGCUUGAAAAUAUAUUGCUUCCAAAAUUUCCAUGAUCAUGACUCUUGCAAUCACAUUGAGCUCAACCAGAUUUUGAAAUGGCAGCAGUGAGCAUUCAUUUCAUUCAUUUCUGUGAGUAUGUCUCAGAGUAAUGUUCUCUGCGCAGGUGUUCCUCAGGGACCUGGAGUGGGGCCGUCAGCAGCAGCCAAGUAUCUGGAAGAGGCUGCAUUUCAGGCGGGUGGAGAAGGGGGUCAGAAAGACUCUACGGAUGCUGGAGAAGGACACUCUACCUCCACCUACAGGACACAGCAAGUGACAGAGUCUGAAUUUAGAUCAACUUAGAGACUUAAAAAAUUAACAUAACUAACUCAGGUUUACUCCUCUCAUAUGAACAAAUCUGGACUCUCAUUUAGUUGACAGUUAAUCUAAUGAGCAUCGGGUAAAAGUCUUCUACUCAUAAAAGCUGAGCCAGUAAAAUAAACAGCAGGAAAACAAAUCCAACAUCAGUUAAGUCUACAUCCAUAACUUAUGGCAGCAUAAAUAGGGACACUUCCAAACAAAUAAUGCAGUAGAUAAGCAGUCAUCACUAACAAUUUGAGUUAUGUUUUACAGAUCAGUGUCGAGGUAGUUAGUCAUUUCUAUCUGAAUGAAAAUCUGAAAGUGUUUUAAGAAUAUCAAAAAAAAUGUCUAGAAAACAAACUUUAGACUUUAUUCAUGACACCCAGAAGUGCUCUGCUGAUUUUAGAUAAAAUAUAUAUAUUGUCAUAUUAAUAAGUAAUUUUCACAGAAACUAAACAAAUCUGCUUAUGGUUGGAAAUUAAAAAUAAAAUCCCUUUUUUUUCACUCUUGAAUUCUCCAGGUUGUCUUGUGUAAAGAAACUCUUGUUUCCUGCAUGUGCCCCAACGUAAAAGCACUUAAUGUAAAGGUAGUUAAUGUCUCUACUGUGAAACUGAUGGAGAAAGUGUUGGCAACAAGGAAGCUCACGUUGGAUUUCUUUAAGUAAAGCACUUUUCUGGUUAUACAAUCAGUGCUACUUUUUACAGCAUUUUUCAUACAAAUUGCAGCUCUCUGUGGUUGAAAUGACAUAGGAACAAUAUUGGCAAUAAUUCAAAUGUUGCAUGACUAAAAAUAGUACAAAUAUUUCACAGAUGCACUAAUCUUCCAUAAAUUUGUGGACAAAUCAGGCGUAAAUGCAUGUGUGAAUGCAAAGUGAGGAUUCUUCAGUAAAACUUGACCUAAAGUAUUCCUGCCAAAUCCCUUUGGUAAAACUUCUGCCGAAAGUCAGUGUUAGCUGUUGUGUAAAGACAGCUGGUAAUAGUCAUGGUAGUUCAUCUCAAGCGUGAAGUUUUCUUUGAAGAAGUUCCCCCUGCCUUUAUGUCAGUGCUGCAUGCAAUUGGACGUCUUGACAGUAUCUGUAAUUAAGUGAAAAAGAGCACACUGAGGUAAAAAAAAAAAAAAAAAAAGUAUGAAGCAGCUUCACACAAGAAUCACAGCAGUUGCAUGAUGUAAACGUCCUGACUUUUCCUGACUUUUACCUGUUGUGGUCUUUGCACUGAUUUACCUGGUGUGGAACUCUUCCUGACUUUCGGUCAGAAUUUUACAAGCUGACAAGAAAAAGUCAGGGUGAAGUUGGGGUGAAAUGUUGCCUUUGUGUGUUCAUACAUGCAGCACACCUUCAAAACCUUUGGAUGUUUCCAGCAGUUGAGAGGAUAUGAUAACUAAAAGUAUGUGUGCUUUUUAAACAUUUAACAUUUGAAAUAAGUUUAUCCGGUGAGAAAAUAUAAUCAAAUUCAGAGGGUUUGAGAUUUAAGCUUAUUUAGUUUCUGCAGUGAUUUAAGGAAAGAUAAGUCUGAUUAGUGCUUCCUUAAAUCUUACAGAAAUUAUUGCUGCCAUGCCUUCUUCAGCCUUGUGAAGACACAUUUCUGCACAUUCAUGUUUCCACAAAAGGGCUUUUUUAAAAACCGAACUGAUUAAUAGGUUUAAAUGGACUAAUCAUGCAUUACUUGAAGGGACUAAUCAACAUAUCAGGUACAUUUAACGUGCAUUUGUCUAUUUUUAUUGUUCAUCUUUGCUGCCAAACAAUGCUUCUCUUGAGUAUUUUUUUUAUUUAGAUGAAUAGUCAGAUUUAUCAGAUACAGAUAUAUAAACAUUUCAGACCUUAAGUGUCUUCUUUUUUUAAUAGUUAUUUUGUUUCAAUAGGUGUUUGUUUGAUGCCUUGCACAUGUGAGAUGAGUUAAAGAUAAUACGAUUCAGUGCUGCCUCAAUUAGGUUUGACUCAUGUUAUUUUCCUUGAAACGGGAUGUGAUGUUUGGUGCUGUAAGAAGAUAUCAGUGUUUAUGACUGACCUGAGCUGUCAUGUUUUUGAAUGUAAUUUAAAACCUGUUGCAAUAAAUGUUCAACUGAAAA